AAAGCUUGCUCAAUGAUUCGUUCACCGACACAGAGCAACGGCAAGGGCAUUGGAACGAAAACCUAAGUAUAGGGUAGGUUGAGAGAUAUGUCCCUGACCAACGCGUCUCCGCUCGAGGCAGCGCAGGCGGCCAAGUCGGCGUCGCAUGUGCUCGCUACCCUUUCUGCCGAGUCGCGCAACGAUGCUCUCACAGCCAUACACGCUGCACUGACGGCCGCCCGAGAUGACAUCCUCGCCGCCAACGCCCGCGACCUCGAGCUGGCCCGCCAGGCUGCUGCCGAUGGAAAGUUGAGCCAGAGCCUAGUCGCCCGGCUUGACUUGGGCAAGAAGGGCAAGUGGGAGGACAUGCUCAAGGGCAUCCUCGACGUGCGCGAUCUCGAAGACCCGGUCGGCCGAGUCACACUACGCACCCGCCUCGACGACGGCCUCGAGCUCGAACGUGUGACGUGCCCCAUCGGCGUGCUCCUCAUCAUCUUUGAGGCCCGCCCCGAGGUCAUUGCCAACAUCGCCGCCCUGGCCGUCAAGUCUGGCAACGCCGCCAUUCUCAAGGGCGGCAAAGAGUCGACCGAGUCGUUUGUCGCCAUCUCGCGUGUCAUCUCGGCCGCCCUCGAGCGCACCCAAGUCCCUAACGCCGCCAUCCAACUCGUCACCACCCGCGACGUCAUCCCCGAGCUGCUCGCUCUCGACCGCCACAUCGAUCUCGUCAUCCCGCGCGGAUCAAACGACCUGGUCCGCUACAUCAAGACCAACACGCGCAUACCCGUCCUCGGCCACGCUGACGGCCUCUGCUCUAUCUACCUCGAAGCAUCCGUCGACCCAGCCCUAGCAGUCGACGUCAUCGUCGAUUCCAAGACCAACUACCCGGCCGCCUGCAACAGCCUCGAGACGCUCCUCGUGCAAGAGUCCGCCCUGGCCACCCACCUGCCCAGGGUAGCCGCCGCGGUCGCGGCCAAGGGCGUCGAACUGCGCUGCGACGAGGCCAGCAAAGCAGCCCUGGAACAACACCAACCGCCCAUCCCCAACCUCGUACUCACAUCCGCUACAGAGCGCGAUUUCACCACCGAGUUCCUCUCCCUCACCCUCGCCGUCAAGACGGUUCCCUCUCUCGCGGAAGCGAUAGCCCACAUCAACGCGCACGGCUCGCACCACACUGAUGCCAUCCUCACCGCCUCCAAGGAGGCGGCCGAGGCGUUCAUGUCGGGUGUUGACUCGGCGGGCGUCUACUGGAACGCGUCGACACGCUUUGCCGACGGCACCCGCUACGGCUUCGGCACCGAGGUCGGCAUCAGCACAAACAAGAUCCACUCGCGGGGCCCCGUUGGCUUGGAGGGUUUAAUGAUUUACAAGUACAAGUUGAGGGGCCAGGGGCAGGUGUCGGCCGUGUAUGGCGAAGGGGAAGGGAGGAAGCGCUUUCUACAUGAAAGACUGCCGCUAGAUUAGAAAAGCAUUUGUUAUUUAACGGUGGGAGUUUGCGGGUAGCAGUUUCACUGCGGAAAAGGAGGCUGGGUAGUGCGUACGGUUGCCAAGCGUUAACAUGAAGAAAGUUGCCUGCGAGGACAGCUUAACAGAAUCCGUCUGAAAAUGCAAGACAGUGUCUGAUAUACUUGGCAUCUCGAUAAGUGAGCAAGGGGGAGAAUCAUUGACAGACAAAGUCUAGGUCUUACAAAUAAACACUACGGCAAAGUAUCUAGCUAGACAUACGGCCAGCCCGAAAACGCCACGGAACCUGCCCUGCCAACAGACCAGACAGGACACACAAG